AUGCACGACUAUAGGCUUGAGGUGGAGGCCGUUGCUGGUCCUUCGAAGCGUCCCGAGGCAUCCUCUCUGGAAUUGGGCCCUGAAGUUUGUCCACACGCUGCACGCGUCCCUCCCAAAGCAGAGGAGAGGCUGACAACGUCAUCUCCUCCGCCCGGUGUGUCUGAGAGGAGAGGCCAUCCUGAUCACCCGACCUGCUUCUCUUGGGACCACUCACCGGGUAGUCCAUCCCGUUUCCCCCAGGUCUCUACGUGGCACAGAGUACCUGUGGAGCGCCUGGGUGGGGAAGCGGAGGAAAGCGAGAGGGAGCAGCAAGCGAAUAUGGAACUUUGA